GCCUAGAACCAAACAACACAAAGUGUCAAUGGAGAGAAUAAGUGUUUUUGUUACCCUUUUUAUUGUGUUGAUUGUAGUAGGAAAAGAAAUGCAUAAUGUUAGUGCAGAUAGCCCUUAUGCUUGUUGGGGUGGCUGUUACAAUCAAUGUAUUAUAUUGAGUUUUCAAGCUGGUACUAUACCAAACAACAAUAAUCCUUGUUACGUGCAGUGUUUAAGCAAGUGCAUUCCUCGUUCUGCUGCUGAAUACCAAAAUUACUGCAAGAUUGGUUGUUCUUUGGAACUCUGUGUUCCCACUCGCUCUGAUGCGGGUGCAGAUCUGGAUAAAUGCUUUGGCAAUUGCGGAAACGUUUGUAGGGCUUAGAAAUAUCUAUUACCAUUUACCACAAUAUGUGCUAUUGGAUGUGGUCUCACCUUUUUUUCCCAAUCUUUUACCUAAUAAAUAAAUAAAUGGUUCUUUGUAGUUCGCAAUUCAAGUGAAACUGAAGAGUUUGAUUAGUGCUGUAUUUGUUUACU